AUGAAGUCUGUUUAUACACGCCGUGCGCUGAUGCGCCGGCGCAGUCCCAGCUUGGUAUUUGGCGUUCUACUCAUCUUGGCCUUUACUCAAGUCAUCGACUUGUCCCAGCAUGACCAUACGCACACAUCUAGGUGGGCAGGCUACUCGAUCAAACCUAUAGCCUACGUCUUCCCGCAGUUCCAUCCCAUCCCUGAGAACGACAGGUUUUGGGGUACAAACUUUACAGAGUGGGUGAAUGUGAAGAAGGCCAAGUUGAAUCGGUUUGGGCUCGAGACAUUACAGCCCUCGAAGGAGGUAGGGUACUACAACCUCCUGGACUACGAUGUUCGCAAGCGCUAUGCGACCCUCGUCAGAGACUCAGGAAUUCAUGGCAUCGCUUAUCACCACUACUGGUUCGGAUAUCCCGUGAUGGACAAGCCCCUCCAAGCCAUGCUCCAAGACGGCCAACCCGACGUCCCCUUCAUGCUAUCCUGGGCCAACGAACCCUGGACCGUCCGGUGGGACGGCAUGGACGAACUCAGCAACGAGGACGGCACGCUGCUAUCACAGGUCUACGGCAACAGUACAGAGUGGCGCCGCCACUUCGACUGGAUGGCCACCUUCUUUAGGCACCCCAAGUAUAUCCGCUCAGCCGGCAAGGUGCAACUCGUUGUAUACUCUCCCAGCCUGAUGGGUGACGUGGGGAAGCGCAUGUUUGCCAGAUGGCGCCGGUGGGCGGCGGAGGAUCCGUCGAUCGGGGGGUUGGAUAUCAUCGAGACGGUUUGGGAGUGGGAUUAUCCGCCAGAGCGUGGUCAGACUGAUGCGACCAGCGAAUUUGCUCCUCACUCAGGAGGCACGUUUGAUAUGACAUCCUGGGAUAGGAACCCGCGGAUAAGCACGGUGCAUCAUCGCGGUGUGAUGGUGAGCUGGGACAACACACCGAGACACCUCAAGGAUGGUCUGUCAGUGAGUACAAUCUGGGUGCAUCCCACACUCUGGAGAGUACACUGGUUCACUAACAAGAUCGCGGCAGAGAGUCUCGUCAGCAUGAUGCGUCGUAUCAAGCUGGACCCAAAUCCCCGCGGCCAAGAAAACUUUCUCUUCAUCAACGCGCUGAAUGAAUGGGGAGAAGGCAAUGUUCUCGAGCCAUCUGCGCAAUGGGGCUCUGCCUUUUCAAAGGCCUUCCGCUCCGCCAGGGACUACGCUGAAGUUUCUCUACCCUGGAUGGAGGAUCGGAUCCGGCAGGGUGAAGAGCUGGAGCAUGCAGUUCUGGACACAAACAGCAAAGUUGACGUCUGCGUCAUCAUUCGAGACUUCUCCGGCUCUCUUCCAUGGACCGAGGCUUGGCAGCUGUCUCACACGCUGUGGUCGCUGCAAGCGCAACACAAUGCCAGAUGGCGGGCUGUUGUUGUCCCGGUGGGCGCGGAGGUGGGCAUGCCAGGCAUCGAGACGCAGGUGCUGGACACCUACGACCCGAGGAUUGUAUACUCUGACAUACCAGAAGACCUGCGCCAUAACAAACACACAAACACAUCUGACGACGUAACCGACUGGGUCAUUGCCAACAUGGACACCCUUAGCCCGUCUUGCGGCAAGGCCACAUACAUGCUCGUCACCAAUGCGUCCACAACGUAUGAGCCGCAUACUUUCGACAUCGCCUCAAGGAAACGCACAGAUAUCAUUGGCCUUAAUUUUAUCUCCCCCGAGACGAUGGAAGUCCAGGAUCAGCUCGAAAGAGAUUUGACGUGGGACCGGCGGUGCGCCCGCUACUCGGAGAAGACACCUCUGGAGAUGUCCCAGGCAAUGAAGCCAGGACACGGGACACUCGAUAUCAGUGCAGCGCUGGUCAACUUCGCGCGCUGGCGCAGCGAAAACCAUCUGUUCAAGCAUGCGGCCGAGUUGUACGGGGACAGCGUGGUGAAACUGGCUGAAUUAAAAAGACGGCGUCAUGAGCCCUGGGCAUGGUUACGGCCGACAGGCUCCAAGUAUUACGAUGUCGUUCAUGCCGGUACCUACCCAGCUUGCAUGCGAAGCGGCCGGAUCUGGUUCGAUGGGCCAGGUGUGGGUGGGCUCAAGUCGGGCUGUUAUAGCGGCCAGGACUUGCAGUGGACCGUUGUUAGUGAUGUUAUUCCCGUUCAAUGGGAUUACGAGAGGUUUAAGAACGAGGAUCCAUAUUGUGUUCGGCUGUCGGAGAGGACGUACACAGCUGUAUUUUCUGAGAAUCCUAUGGCGAGUCUGGGUUUGAGUGAAUACUCGUCGCCUGGGGACAAAAGUGAAGAAGAGAGACUUGUUGGUCUUAGUACAUCUUGGGCGUCUUGA